AAAUAACAGAAAGCAGAGCUAAAAUUAAUUACAAACCAAUUAAAUAGCAUAAAGUAGAGCAAAAAUUAAUUGAAGAAAAAUAAUGAAAUAAAGAAGUUGAUUUUUUUAUUUAAUUUUGUUUGUGUAAAAUAAAAAAACUGACAGGCACGGGUAAGUGUAAUCUUUGCCCAUCCGCCAAACAGCAAAGGCCUGAAGGUCGAUCGGUUGGAGAGGAAGAGAAAUGACGAGGGCUACUCAAAUCUUACGCAAAGGCGGCAAAGCUCUGGAGGAUUUCAACUUGCUUAAAGUCUUGCAAUCUGAAAUAUCCCACGAACUCUCCUCCAAUUCUUUUCAGGAUAUCAAGAGCGGCUCUCUAGGAGAUUUUGUAUUGGACUGGAAUUCAGCACAGUCACAUGAUGUUGUUUUGCGGAGAAAAAGUGAGUCUGGUGAAGAGGUUGCUGUUUCAGCCUUGUUGGGCCACGAGACACGUGAUAGCGAGGGUAAAUUUCCAAGGGAAGUUUUCAUGAAGGUUUGUGUAAGAAAGCCUGGCUUGAGUUCUAUGUUGCAGUUUGAUUGUGGAGUUUCUGAGAAAGGUGUUCAUGGAUCUGACUUUAACAUCCAUAGCGCCUAUUAUCUCCAAUCAUCAACCAUUCCUAAUUCUUCAAUCUACCGGGGUCCCUCAUUCAGCUCUUUGGACCCUCAAUUACAAGAUGCAUUCAAGGAAUAUCUUCUAGCCAGGGGAAUUGGAGAAAACUUGACCAACUUCCUCCUCCUCACCCUACAUAAGAAAGAGCAAGGUCAAUAUGUGAACUGGUUACAGAUUCUUGAAUCAUUUGUAGCAAAAGACAAGUGAGAUAGAUUAUUAUAGACAGUAGGUUGAAGUUAUACAUGCUUCCACAUUUUCGCAUCACUGAUGCUCUCUUAUGUUUAAGUGGAAAAAGUAUAUUGAUCAAGUAAUUUAAAAAAUCGUUCUCAGAUUUUACCCAUUGCCAUUGAUGAUGUUAUUUCAAAACUUUUUGAACAG